GACAUCGUUUUCUCGAGUGGGGUGUGAAAGGUAAAAUGUUGGAAACGAAGUUUGUGUUUUUAUUCAUUUCAGUUUGGCAAGUUAAGGGAGACUGCCUCACAGGAAAAUGUGAAAAGAUCUCUUUUAAUGAGCAACAACGUGCCAAGCAGAACCAAGAGCUUGUUGGCCGUGUUUUCAAGAAUUCUGUUACGUUAAACCCAGCUCAGUGCUACUUAUGGUGUAUAAACGACUGUCGAUGUUUGUCGAUAAACUACAAAGUCAAGAACGAAACCAAAUAUUGCGAGUUGAACGAAGGCAACCAUUUUACUGAAAAGAAAUCUUUUGUAAACAAUCCAGGAUCUAUUUAUUACAUACUGCGAAGAGAAACCUUCACUAAGGCUCCCAACGCUCCAUGUACCACUGACGUCACAUGUAGCAACGGCUGCUGCGAGAACAAUCCGUGUCUCAAUGGAGGAACCUGCUCUGAGAUCUGUCAGCCCACAAAUGUUCGGUACAACUGUUCCUGUUCUGUACCGUUUGUUGGUAAACACUGCGAGAUUCAGCUGAGAAGAAGCUGUCAGGAUUAUAAAGCAGCCAGGUUCACCGCCUCUGGAUUGUACACCGUUAUUGAUGACCGAAACCAAACUUUCCAAGUAUUCUGUGAUUUUGAUUCUGAGCCUGGGUUCGCAUGGAACCUGAUUGAGUCAUUCAAUUUGUCCAACAACCACCUUUUUAAGCUGAUCGUAUUUUACGAUGACUACCGAGCCAUCAGCGGUGAUGCUCCAAAUUGGCAGGCCUACCUCAUGGAACGACCCUACCUCCUUUGGCUCAGAAAUCACUCGACUCACUGGAGAGCUACUUGCCGAUACGAGACAGAUGGCACCGUACGUACAGAUUACCUGAGAGCCUCGCUUGAAGACUUCGACAUCAUUAGACAGGUACCCAUAGUGACCCAUGACUGUCGACCUUACGAAUAUGUGAACAUCCGGGGAAAUGAGUGUGUGAAUUGCACAACAAGGACCUGGUAUAAAAAAGGAGCUUAUCCUUUCCAUAUCGAUAGUUUCUACCAGAAUGGCUGUGAUUCCAGUGGAAGCAUUUCAAACCAAGCCGUACACAGCGAGGACAACUUUGGUUUCUAUGACGUGGUCAAUCCCAAAUUUCGAUGUACUUCAAGCCAAAAUGCAACGACUCAGUUCUGGAUUGGAGGCACUUUAUGACUUUCUAAUCCCUGACCCAGUUCCUGUUAAAAAGCAGGAAGUUCACUUAACCCAGGAAGACAUUUAUCCACCUCAAAAAUGUUAUUACACUCAUAAAGUUAGAGCUCUAUAAAAUAUUUAUCUUUGAGGUUACCUUAGCGGUUAGAUAUAUGGGGGCUGGUAACCUCCUAGACACUGCAUAGGAUGAAAUAGCUCAUUUAAGUUGUCUUAAAGUAACGUAAAGACUAGCAUAAGAAACAUGAGGUCUCACAGUUAUUUGCGCUAGAGGUUUAGCAACCUUGUUAGCUUUGGUAGGAAAGUCCACGGCCAGAGGAGUUUAAGCUCAGUUUUAUCUUUAAGAUGUGUUUUUUUUUCUAGCUCUUCUUCUGACGCUAGAAAUUAUGCCAUAAACAAUAAAUUCAAUGCAAAACUGCAGAGCACAAUAGGUAAACGUUCGCACCAUUAACUACGGUCGGAAGUUAGUUCAUGAUUUGAAGCAAUUUUAGCAAUCAAUGUAGAAUUUGUGAGUGAGCUUUAUUGAAAAGCAGUGUAACUUUUAAUAAGUUAAUUGUUGGGUUCUCAAUCUGAAAGCUGCAACUUUGUAUUGAACUGUAAGGAAGAAAUGUAAAUGUGUGCCCUUCUAUA